ACGACGCGAGGCUGCGCUCCUUCUCCUUGCGGCCGCGGUGACCGGCGACGCAGCGGGGCCGCGGGCGGGCGAACGACGAGGCGGUGGUCCUGGCAGCUCGGGGUGGAGGAUGGAGUCGGGACUCAGGCGGCCUAGCAAGCUGCGGGCGGCGACGACGACGCGGUGGCGGCGCAGCUCGUGGUGGAGACGCGCGACGGGCCCGAUGUGGGGAUUGGUCGAAACUUAACGGCGUGCGCAGUGGCCACUCGUGGGCUGGGCCAGAACUGGAAAAUGGGCCAAAUUCACCAGCUCGGCUCGGCCCGAAAAUUUCUCGGGCCGUUUUCGUGGGCUCGGCUCGGUUCGAAAAAAAUCGAGCUCGGGCCGAGCUGGCUCGGUCCAGCUCGCCGAGCCCAGCUCGAAUGUCCACCCUGACACACGACCCGACCGAGACCGACCGAGGGAACAGGGGAGGCGUUCCCCGCCAAGCUCGCGCCUUCCCCUCCCCAGUCUUCCCGCCUUAAUCUCUCCACCACCACCCCGCGCCCCGCCCGCCGCUGCCCUCCUCCUCCGCAUUCUCCCGGAGAAAGAAGAUGUCGUUCAUCCCGCUCCACAACCCGCCGAUCGUGACGGAGGCCAAGCGCCAUGACGCCGGGGGCAAGAAGGCGGCCGCCGUGACCGCCGCGAUGCGGCGCUUGGCGUCCAAGGGCCGCGACAACGGCAGCGCGGCGGCGAGCGCGGGGAAGACGGCGGCCGUGGCCGUCGACGGCGACCGGAGCAGCCAGCACGCGCUCAAGUGGGCCGCCGACCACGUCCUCUCCCGCGCCCAGUCCUUCUUCCUCAUCCACGUCCGCCGCAAGAGCGGCAGCCCUUUAUCCGCCGGUGGGAAGCAGUUCUCCACGUCGCACGUGCAGGAGGAUGUUGCGACCUCUUUCCUGGUCCAGCUGGAUCUUCAGACCAAAGAGCUGAUGCUUCCGUUCCAGUGCUUCUGCAGCAGAAGAGGGUUACAAUGCAGGGAAGUCAUUCUUGAUGGGACAGAUGUGCCAAAAGCUAUUGUGGAUUUUGUUGUGCAAUAUAAUGUUGACAAGAUUGUGCUGGGAUCGUCAACUAGAAGUGCAUUUACAAGGACAAUUUGGAAAAUGGAUGUGGCUACAUCUGUUACAAAAUAUGCACCGAACUUCUGUUCAGUGUAUGUGAUAGCAAAAGGAAAAUUAUCUACUUUUAGGCCAGCCACUCAUGCAAAUGAAAAUGAUAUGAGCGAAGAGGACAUAAAAUCUGAUGCAGCUGGCAAUCGACUUUUAGCUGUAAAAAGUGAACAAGCACACAAUUUUCCUGGCAAAGAACCUUAUUCUUACAGGCUGAUGUCAACACAUGCUGCUAUGCACAUUGGUACCAAUGCUGAUGAAUCAGCAGAAGGGGGCAAAUUUAAGGCACCAAGUCAACAGAGAAGUGUCGAUUCACAUCUUGUGAAAACGUCUUCAUGUCCAAGUGAAUUCAUAAGAACCAUGAAUCAACGAAGCAGUCAUUUAUCUCCAGAAUAUCCUGACAAUCGCCGAGAUACAUUAUUUUUGCUAAAUAAGGACAAUGAGCAUGCAUUCCAAGCUCCACAUGGGAAAUACUUGGGCAUUGAUGACAAUGCACUUAGUCUUGAAUACAAUGCCUGCGAUCCCUUAAUGCCAAGUGGACAGUGUGCUUCAUCAACUUUUAACUAUCAAACAGAAAAUGUCGAAACUGAUCCAAGGCACUUUCAGCAAAAGAAUGGCAAUAUACUGCCACAGAACUACAGAGAGUUACCUCUUGAGCCUAGAGACGGGAUAGAAAACUCAUAUGCAAUUGACAAACAAGACAUUGAUCCAUUACGAAGCAGAUAUGAUGCCGAGACGAGUUCAGCAGUUCGUGGUCCAAAGCAAAAGCUGUUGACACUUGAAACUUCAUCUUCUGAUCCUCAGCAUAGAGAAAGAAUCAUAGAGGAAUUUGUAGAUCAUAAUUCCCAGAGACAAGUUCACCCAAUGUUGAGACGCUUGCCUCCGAAAUUUUUCUCACCUCGAAAUGACAGACAUGGAUCUGCUUCAGAGGAGAAACAUAUACUUGAACCGGAUUCUAACCCCUUGCCGAGGCCAAUUGAGACUAAAAGAAUACUAGAGUGUCUCCCUACAAGAUUAGAGUGUAGAUUAUACAACCCAAAUGAGAUCGCGAAAGCGACCCGUAAUUUCUCUGCAGAACUCAAGGUCGGGGAAGGAGGUUAUGGACCAGUCUAUAAAGCUACACUUGACAAUACCCUUGUUGCAGUCAAGAUUCUCCACUCUAAUGUAACUCAAGGACUGAAACAAUUUCAACAGGAGAUUGAUCUGCUGAACAACCUUCGCCAUCCGAACAUGGUGCACCUGGUGGGUGCUUGUCCUGAGUAUGGUUGCCUGGUGUACGAGUACAUGCCGAAUGGCAGCCUCGAGGACUGCCUCUACUGUCGUUCAGGAACUCCGCCGCUUCCGUGGCAGCUCCGUUUCAAGAUUGCAGUUGAGAUAGCCACCGGCCUGCUCUACCUACACAAGAUGAAACCAGCAGCCUUUGUCCACCGAGACCUCAAGCCUGGGAACAUCCUCCUUGACGAAAAUUUUGUCAGCAAGAUUGCCGAUGUCGGUCUCGCACGCAUCAUCCCCCGAUCCAUGGAUGAAACCAAGACGCAGUACCGGAUGACCGAUGCUGCAGGGACCUUCUGCUACAUUGAUCCUGAGUACCAGAAGACCGGAUUGGUCAGCACCAAAUCUGAUGUUUAUGCGCUCGGCAUCAUCUAUCUUCAGAUCAUCACCGCUAAGGAUGCCAUGGGCCUCGCUUACGGUGUAUCUGAUGCACUGGAAGAAGGGACCUUUGAGGAGCUCUUAGAUCCCAAGGUGACUGGCUGGCCAGUGGAGGAAACUAAGAAGUUUGCUGAGCUUGCACUGAAAUGCUGCGAGCUGCGGCGUAGGGACCGCCCCGAUCUGGAAUCCGUCGUGCUGCCUGAGCUUAUCAGUCUGCACAGACUAGCUGUGCCAUCUGCGUAUCCUUCCAUGAACCAACCCCAUCAGAGUUCAGCGAGCGACAAGGAUUUGGCAUUGGGUGAUGAUAGCUUGGCCGAUGAUCUUACUGAGGGAAGUGUGAAGGUGCCAUCGUUGUCAGCAUAGCAUAUGAGGACCAGGAGUAGGUGCACUUGUUCCAAUUCUGUUGUAAAUACUAGCCCAUCAAAAAUUUCAUACUGUUGUAGUUGUCAAGUUGGAAGUGUGUAGUACCAAUGCCAAUAUUGAUAAACCUGUAUAUUUAACACACAAAUUUGUAGCUCUUAUAUGCUAGUGCUGAACAACUCAAUACUUACCGCAGAAGGAUCAAUACCACGCUGUUCAUCUCA